AUGAUUUCAAUUCUCUUUUAUGAAACAUUAGGUCCUCUAGCUUAUAAUUCAAACACAAUUGAAAUAGGAGCAGAUCCAACUUUCACUACUGUUCGCAUAAGGCCACAAUAUCUCAUUAAAUUGCCUCGAAAUAAAAUUAAUUUACUGAAUAAUGAAAAUUAUAAAGUUUUACUUACAACGAACGAUUUUAUAACCAUUUCUACUGAUAAAUAUCCUAAUCAAGACAUAAUAAACAGUGCAAAUUAUUUUAUUGAAGAUUUUAAUUCAAAGAUUAAGAAAUUCGAUUACCCAGAUCCAGAAUGGCCCAUUUCUUUUUAUGCCAACAAUAUUGGAGCCUAUGGAGGUACAAUUGGAGAAGAUAUCAACGUUAAAAAGGCAUGGGAAAAAGGAAUUUCCGGAAACAACGUAACACUUGUUAUUGCUGAUGAUGGAUGCUAUACAACGCACUAUGAUUUUAUGGACCGCUUUAAUAAUAAUCUGAAUCUUGCUUUUUCAGCUCCGUUUGACGACAUCAAUCCACAAGUAGAAACUGAUUCUCACGGAACAGCAUGCUUAGGCAUGGCUGCUGCUUCAUCAAAUAACUACUGUUCCAUAGGAGUUGCUCCAAAUUCGACAAUUGGCUGCCACAGGUUCGGUGCCAAUGAUGCUUCCAUAGGUAAUAUCGUCAAAUCACUUACUACAUCAUUAAAUGAUAUUGAUGUCAUAUCAUUUUCAUGGGGAGUAGAAUGUGAUCCUUCAUCUUCAGCUCGUUGUUACUUUUAUCAAAGCCAUCCUGUAGUAGAUGAAGCUUUAGAUAAAUCAGUCACUCAAGGAAGAAACGGCAAAGGCAGAAUCAUUGUUUUCGCUGCAGGAAAUGAACAAGAAAACGGCCAAAAUUCAAAUGAGUAUUUAUUGAACAAAGACAGACGAGUUAUCUCUGUUUCUGCAUCUACAUACAAAGGAUCAGCUGCGUACUAUACAGCACCAGGCAGUAACAUCUUAGUUAACACUCCAAGUGGCGGAGAUUCGAGUUUCAUGGCUGGAUCAGAUUACACUCCAACUUUAUUUACCAGUUCAAUUUUCGGAGAUUCCAGUUGUACUAAUACUUUCACAGGGUCAAGUGCAAGCUGUCCACAAGUUGCUGGAUGCUGUGCUUUGAUGCUACAAGUCAAUAAAGAGUUAACAUGGAGAGAUGUACAAAUGAUUUUGGCUUUAACGUCAACAAUAAAUGAUCCUGAAAGUAUCUAUUGGAAGAAGAACGGAGCCGGCUAUUUGUAUUCCCAUUACAGUGGAUUUGGAAGAAUCAAUGUUGACUUGGCUGUAGAAACUUCUAAGAAUUGGAAGAAUUUACCAAAAGAAAAGAAAAUUUUCUUCACAAAAUUUGAAAAGUUUACAUCAAAUAAAUUCAGAGAAUUACCAAAAUAUGUUAAUUUUACAGUAGACAGCAAUGAUAUAAAGUUCAUUGAGUCUGUUGUUGUUAAUUUCAUGGAAAAUAAUACAACAGAUAUAAGUUUGUUGAAGAUCUGGUUAAUUUCACCUUCUAAAACUGUUUCUUACUUCAAACCAUUAUCAAACUCAAUGAAACAUGUGUCUUCUAAAUUGGAGUACUCUUUCACUUUAAGAGACUUCCUUGGAGAAGAAAUUCAAGGAAAUUGGACGAUAAAAAUUCAAAAUGAAGAUCCUUUCCAAAUUUUCGAGUUUUCCAAUUUCACUUUGAAUUUUUAUGGAUGCGAAAACAAGCCAGAUCUUCCUAAAAUCACUAAACUAAUAGGCAACAGCGAAUUGAGUCCAAAAAUCAAUAAAAACAUGACGAUAAAAUCCACUUCACCGGAAUUUAAAUGCGGAGAAAUUAAUUCAAUUUUGAUCGAAGCUGCUGAAGAUUUCCAGUGGAACAAUUUCCCAAGUAUAUCAAGCGAUAUGUCCAUAUUCAAGACAUACUUCGGAAGAACACCAGCAAUAGCUUUCCAAGACCCAGAAUUGAUCGUUAAUUUCUCGAUUCCUUGUAUCUUCAAUGAUUGGUCUUCUGAAAAAGUGACAAUGUCACGUUUUAGAAGGAAUUACAAUUACGGAUUUAAUGCAACAGUUCUUCAUGAAAAUGUUAAUAAUGUGACAGGAGGUGUAAUUUUAUCUCCAAAACCAAAUUCUUUGUUUAAAUCCGGAGAAUCCUUUGAAAUUAAUUAUGAACUUUGGUUGGAUAACAAACAAAUAGAGUCGACUUGGGAUAGCAGGAUCAUUUUAAGACUUGUUGAUGCUGACACUAAAAAAGAAAUUUUCAGACGAAAUGAAAAUUGGAAUAACGGACAUAUAAAUGCAACAAUCAAUGAUAAAUUCGUUUGUAAGCGCUGUUUGCUUACAUUGACACCAACUACAGGUAAAAUCUGUGAUACAAUGAUUUUACCCAUCAAAAUUGUCAGUUCUGGAUCAACAGAAGUACCAGAGGAUAUUUUUUAUGAAAUGGGAAACUGUACUGAAGAAAUUCAAGAAGAUUCUGAUAAUUCAAGAGAUUCAGGUGAUGGAAAGGAUGAUAAAGAUAAAAACAAAUGGAAAUUUGAUACGAAGAUGAUUGUUUUGGUUACAUUGACUGCUGUUUUCAUAUUGGUUAUCAUUAUCACUUUGAUAAUCUAUAUUGUUAAGAGACGAAGAAGAAACAUCAUGUCUAAUAACGCAUCUGCUGUUGCAGCUCUUAUUUUAUAA